CCGAAUAUGAAGUUUUUGUCAAGAUUAUUUUGUUUUUCGGGCUGAUAAGUGACGCCGGAGACCUUUCCGCCCGCCUCUCAGUAAACUCCGGCCUUCCUAGCAACCGUCCACCACCUGGUAUUUGGCUGUCACUCAGGGUUAUUUGACUGUUUCAACCGUCAUGUGGUCGUCACUUUAACCCAAAAAUCGACACAUGACACGAGCAACCUACAUUGUUUGUCGAUAUAAAGGCCACGUCACUCCUCGUAGUACCCAGACUCUCUUGAGCACGAGCAGUAUUUGCAGAGUCACAGCAAUGUUGCGGGUGGCCAUCCUCUGCUGCCUCGCCGCCGCUGCGGCGGCUACCUUCGUUCGAAGGUCUCCAGUAGGUGGCUCCAUUUACGACGUCUCCCUGGUCCGCCCUUCCGUAUCUGUGCCGCGCCCCGCGGUCACCGUAUCUCCACUGCAGGGCGUCCUUCUGCCGGCGGAUGUCCUUCCGGCCAUCAGCCUGAUCCGCACCCGGUAUGGCCGUCUCUCCCGCCCCGCGGCCAUCGACAUCAUCCGCAUCAUCUUGGAGCGACCUCACGUGCGUCUCCUGCGGGCGGUGCAGCUGCGGCAAGUGCCUACCAUCAGCCGCCGCCUCGGCUUCCUGCGUACUCUUCUGGGUGCCCUGCCGCCUGUGUUCUACAGUGACGGCUACACCAGUGGUCUGCUGGCCUACCUGCAGCAGCUGGGGGUCAGCGCCAGCACCGGAGCCCUGCGCGAGCCACUGGCGCUGGUUGAUGCCCGGUUGGCGUGCAGUCUUUUGACUCCCGUCUCCGUGCCGACGUUCCUCGACUUCUUUGGCAGUCGGGUGCUGCGUCUGGGAGGCGGUGCGUCGCUGAGAGGUCUGCCUCCUCUGCAGACCUUCUACUCACGGCUGGUGGAUCUCCGACUGACUCCCGUACCACUCGGCUUCCAGAGGAUCGUCUUGCGGACCGGCCGGGCGGGGCUCUCUGUGAACCCGCUGGCACCGGCACUCUCCCAGCUCGGACUCACCGGACUGGUUCGGCCGAACGUCAUCUACGGCGGCCUGGAGACCUACCUCUCCCAGCAGGGCCUGCCCGUGUCCCGGUUCGUCAGGGGCCUGUCCCAGCUGCGGAUUCCUUCACUGCCGUCUCUGACCGAACAGGUGGCCGUGGGACCGCUGCUGCCGCGGCUGCAGUUCCUGCCAGUGAGGGUCAUCCGCCGUGACGUGGUACCACUUCUGGUGGUGCGGUUCUACACCCUACCUCGCCGGCUGAUCCGUGUACUGGAUCUGUCAGAGCUCAUCACUGGCUACCUGUCGACGCUGCAGUUCACUGAACGCGUUACGCUCCGUCCCCAGUUCAUUGUCACCCUGCUCACGGGCUUUGACGAGUAUAUUCAUUCUCGGGCUAAGGGAUUCCGAGGCCGCCUCUGGUGCCGUGGAAUCUGGGGAGAGUGGUAGACGCAAAAACAGGGGGAGCCCUGUCUCCAAGCUAAGCUAGACAAUGAAUUAAAAAUCACGGAAAGCGUUUUACUUGUCUUGCUUAUCUAGGAGAGCAUAACGUUUGAGCGCUGUUUUCGUGGGACUAGCUUGCAACAAAGAUAUUCGGAAACGUGA